AUGGGGGAUAACUCACGAGGCGCACGCGAUCGAUUCGGUGGGAGUAUGGGUGAGAAGCAACACAAUCAAGGGGUUGCAGAGCAGAAAGAGGUAGUGUUUGCCGACAAAGCGAGAGACUCGCACCACGACAGUGCCAAGGAGGGUGAUGAAGAGGUGUUCGCGCGGAGUGUCGACUGGCCGUUCGGGCGUGAACGCUUCGAAGGCGAUCUCCGCUAG